AUGAUAAACAACAGAACUGAAGAAGCUCAACAGAGAAAAAAGAUGAGAGUAUUCAUGUUCUUCGUAAUUUUAAUAACAAUGGCUAGCACGGCUGUUUUCCUUGCUUUUAUUCAGGAGAGCAGGAUUGACUUAUUCAAAAAAACAAAAGAAAAUGGAAUUAAGAGAACUACGCAAGAAGCAACCUCUAUGGAAGAUGAGGAAACAACCCAAAGAAGAGAAAGGCUUCUCCAACAACCUGAUCUAAUGGCUCCGGCACAGUAUCUGGCAUUUUCCAAAUAUGCAGAUCAAGAAACCCAAGUUGUCUCUCAGGCAGCCGAAAGCAUGGAAGCUUCAAUACAGGAUAUGAAAGAAAAACUUCACCAGAAGCAUAAACGAGCGUUGCUUCCAAGUGAUGCGUUACCCGCUGAUGUUUUCAUGAUGAUUUCCAAUGUAUCUGGAUGCCUGCCUUACAUCCUGCCACCAAAAUGCCCAAACAAUUGCAUGACCAGAAAAUAUAGACCUAUCACCGGAACUUGCAACAACAGGGAACAUCCUAGAUGGGGAGCCUCCAACACAGCUCUGGCAAGAUGGCUUCCUCCAGUUUAUGAAGAUGGAUUAAGUCAGCCCAAAGGAUGGAAUCAUGGCUUCUUACAUAAUGGAUUUCCAUUGCCAUCGGUGCGUGAAGUGACCAGACAAAUUAUUGAGGCAUCUAACGAGGCUGUUACUGAAGACAAGCUACAUUCCGACAUAAUCACCAUAUGGGGGCAAUACAUCAGUCAUGACCUUGCAUUUACACCUCAGAGCGUAAGCCGACCUGUCUUUCCGGCAGAAGUAGACUGCAAACUGACCUGUGAAAACCAAACUCCGUGUUUUCCAAUACUGGUUUUUGCCAAUGAUACAUUUUCCAUGAACAUGACCUGCAUGCCUUUUUAUCGUUCAUCCCCUGCAUGUGCCACUGGUCAACAGGAAUUUCUCAUAGGAAAUCUAUCAAUCUUAAAUCCAAGACAGCAGAUGAAUAGCCUCACCUCCUUCCUUGAUGCGUCAACCGUUUAUGGCAGCACGCCUGCGGCACAGAACAAACUGCGGAAUCUGACAAGUGAAGAAGGCCUCCUGAGAAUAAACGUGCAAUAUUUUGACAAUGGCCGCGAAUACCUUCCUUUUGUUGACCAGGUGCCUUCUCCUUGCGCUCAAGACCCCAAAGCGGACAAAGCAGAAAGGAUCGAAUGCUUUAUGGCUGGAGACACUAGGGCUAGUGAAGUUAUUUCCUUGGCAGCUAUACAUACACUGUGGUUGCGAGAGCACAACCGCCUGGCGAAAGCACUGAAGAAACUGAACCCUCAUUGGAGUCCUGAAACUGUCUAUCAAGAGGCCCGCAAAAUUGUUGGUGCUUCACAUCAGAUUAUUACCAUAAGAGACUACAUCCCAAAAAUUAUUGGCUCAGAUGCUUUUAACCAGUACAUUGGUGCUUACAAUGGCUAUGAUCCCACAAUCAAUCCUUCCGUUUCCAAUGUAUUUUCUACUGCAGCUUUUCGCUUUGGUCAUGCUGCAAUUCAUCCAGUAAUAAAGAGACUUGAUGUGCAGUAUCAGAAUGACCCAAAUCUUCCUAAUCUUCAGUUGCACGAAGUGUUUUUUACCUCCUGGAGACUCAUUAAAGAAGGUGGAUUGGAUCCCUUGCUAAGAGGAACUUUGGCAACUGCCGCAAAACUCCAAGUACAAGAUCAGCUGCUGAAUGAUGAGCUAACAAAGAAGCUCUUCAUAUUGUCUAAUAAAGAUUCAUUGGAUUUAGCAUCAUUAGAUUUACAGCGAGGACGUGAUCAUGGACUCCCAGGUUACAAUGACUGGCGAGAAUUCUGUGACUUGCCGAGACUAAGGACAGAAAGUGACCUGACAAAAGCAAUAGAGAACAGGAAGAUCAUCGAAAAAAUAAUGGAACUAUAUGGAAACCCCAACAACAUUGAUGUCUGGUUAGGAGGUAUAGUAGAAAACAUGCUUCCGGAUGCCAGAACAGGUCCACUGUUUGCAUGCAUAAUUGGAAAGCAAAUGAAAGCACUGAGAGAUGGUGAUCGAUUCUGGUGGGAAAAUAGCCAUGCUUUUACUGAAGAUCAAAGGCGAGAACUCAGAAAACAUUCUUUAUCCAGAUUAAUCUGUGAUAACACAGGUCUUACUGAAGUACCCCUUGAUGCCUUCAUAAUUGGGAAAUUUCCUAAAGACUUUGAGUCUUGUGAAAAUAUACCCAGCAUGAAUUUAGGAAUUUGGCAGGAAAGCUUUCACCCAGAGUUGACUUGUGGUUUCCCACCAGUAGUGGAACAUGGUGACUUUGUCCAUUGUUCAGAAGCAGGACAAUUCAUAGUUACCUACUCAUGCCAUCGAGGAUACAAGCUAUUAGGAGAAAAACAAUUAUCCUGUACACAAGGGAGAUGGAAUUUGAAAGCACCAGUCUGCCAAGACAUCAAUGAAUGUGAAAACAAAACCAACCCCCCAUGCCACUCCUCUGCUAAAUGUGUCAACACCAAAGGAACCUUUCAGUGUCUUUGCACAGAUCCCUAUGAACUGGCAGAAGAUGGAAAAACAUGUACAGGUUGCAUGCUGAAACUUGAGACAAUCAUCGAAGCAUCAGGGAAACCUGCACUGCAUAAAGACUUGUACUGGGCCGAAGAUGUGUCAGUCCAGGUGCUUAAAGUAAAAGAAAAUAAAAACACUAGCUGA